AUGGCCAAGCUGGGGACCCUGCGGGCGAUCGCCUGGACGGCGCCGCUGCUGUGUGCCUCUCUCGGUGCUGAAGUGAACAGCUCCCAGCGCUCGCUUCCCAAUCUCGCCCAGAGCACUGGCUGCCUCCCUUUCCACCAAUUCUCGGCCACCUCCGCCGGACUCCUGAUCACUUUGAUGGUGCUCCUGGUGAUCAUCACCGUGCUUGCUUCAGUGAUCCCGGCUUUUGUGGUGGAUAAGAGUCUGCGGAGCCAAAAUAAUUUCUUCCUCUACUUCUUAGUGGGAGCGUUUUGCAUCCCCUUGUAUGUUCAAGCCCUGGCCAGCCGAUGGAUGUUGGGCAAGACUCUUUGCAAAUUCUGACUGGUUAUGAAUUACCUCCUCUGUACGUCUUCAGUCUUUAACACGGUCCUGAUAAGUUAUGUCAGAUUCGACUGUGUGGCUAGGCCGUUUUCAUACCAAGCCCAGCAAUGGAAGAGGAGAAAUGCAGCUAUUAAGAUCAUGCUGGUGCGGCUCACUGCUUUCCUUUUAUAUGGCCCAGCAAUAACUGCCUGGGAGUAGGUAAUUGGCAGGAACAUUGUGCUUGUGGGAGAGUGUUAUGCUGAGUUUUAUAAUAACUGGUACUUUCUGAUAACAGCAUCAACAGUGGAGUUCUUUGUACCUUUCAUCAGUGUCAUGUAUUUCAACCUAAGCAUAUACCUCAACCUUCAGCAACGAACAAGGUCACAGUCAAAUAGCUUUUGGAAUACCAAAAGUAAAUCAUCACUUGAGCACUUGGAAGCAGGGUCCAAUUUGGCAUGCUCCUUAAAAAUUUGUAAAUCUGAUCAAAAAACUAAACUGAUCAAGUCCACGGUUUGUGAUUUGACAACAAUGUCCAGUGAGAUAAAAAUCAAGGUGGAGAGGUCAGAAACACUUGAUCAUUUGAAACGCAGGAAUGAUCUGGGAAGAACAAUUCCAUCCAGUGAAGUAAAAUGUUUAAUGAAAGAAGAAAUUUCACAAUCACAGCUAUUUUCAAAAAGAAAAAUUAAGCUAAUUUCUCAGAAUGUUGUGCAACAUUUUAGAUUGUUGAGGGACAAAAGAACUGCAAAAUCACUUGCUGUUAUUGUUUGCGUUUUUGGCAUCUGUUGGGCACCAUAUACCUUGCUCUUGGUUGUCAGGGCAGGAUGUCAAGGGCACUACAUGGCAUAUGAUUGGUAUGAAGCUUCAUUCUGGUUUCUGUGGAUUAACUCUGCUAUUAAUCCAAUUCUAUAUCCUUUAUGUCACAAAAAUUUUAAAAGAGCUUUUAUGAAACUGCUUUGUCCCACAAAACUAAAGAUGCGACCACGUUCCUCACGGCAAUAG